AUGGAUUGUCAGCCUCUAACUACUGCCGCUGGCCAGUCAAAUUUGAUCAAUCAGGCGGUAGCGGCAGUGCCUACCAACUAUGAUGAAGACUACACGACCAACAGUAAAACUAUGGAGCCAGAUGUGACCAACAUGCAGCGUCCAGAAGUGGAUCAGCCUUCCAAGAUUGGCCAACUGCAUCCUGUAGCCAUCCUCCUUAAAAUCGUGUGGAUCGUCCGCCGCCAUACCCCGCGUGGAGAAGACACUACGAAUUACCUGGCCGCCUGGAUCCAACAGAACUUGGGCACGAGCACUUCGUUCGAGACAAUUGCCUACAUGGGACCGGGAGAUCUUCGCUACGUGGUCGUGUUUCUUGCUGCGGUAAAAUGCGGGUACAAGGUCCUGCUUACCUCGCCAAGGAACUCUGCCUGGAUGAAUGCAUCUCUACUGGAGCAGACUCAAUGCCGCCAUUUCCUCUACACGAAGGAGGUAGAAGGCCUGGUCACCCCUUUACUGGAGCACAAGUCGGAUUUGAACCUAGAGAAGAUUAAAACCCUCGACGACAUGGUCAGACCGGGAACACAGCAUUUUGCCUGGAACAAGGAGUACGAUGAGGCGAAGUGGGAUCCAAUCCUCAUUCUUCACUCUUCGGGCUCGACUGGGGCGCCAAAACCUAUUGUGAUGAACCACGCAACGUUUGCCGUGGGAGACCACGACCGAAGCCUAACCACUGUCCCUGGUCGGGUGAAUCAGAACUGGUCACUGUGGGACUUUCCGCAACAGGAGACGUUCUUCUCGCCGUUCCCGGCAUUCCACCUCGCGGGCUUUUCCUCCAUGAUUAUGCUGCCAAUUUAUUACCAAAACGCAAAGCUGGUGCUGAGCCCUCCAUCUCGCCCUCCAACAGGCCAUUUGGUCAGCGAGAUCAUGGACCAUUUCAAGCUGAAGUCCAUCUUCUGUCCCCCCAUCGUUGCAGAGCAGCUGAUCCAAGAACCGGACGGCAUUGAAAAAUGCAGGACCCUCAAAUUUCUGCUCUACGCUGGUGGCCCUCUCUCUCAGACUGCUGGCGAUGCAUUGAGCAAAGUCACCGACGUGUGCCAAUUCUACGGGUCAACCGAGACUGGCCCUAUUCAGGCCUUGGUGCCCAAGCGGGAAGACUGGGCCAGUCUCGAGUGGCACCCCGUGCAGGAAGUCAUGAUGGAACCUUACGAAGACCAGAUCUACGAGAUGACCAUGCGGCGAAAUCCGAAUCUAGUGAGCGUCCGCAGCCUGUCGGCCAACUUCCCGGAUGAGGAGGUGUGGCACACGAAAGACCUCUUCCAACGAAACCCCACCAACCCAGGCUUGUGGAAAUUCCACGGGCGUCUCGAUGACAUUGUUGUUUUGUCGAACGGAGAGAAGUUCAACCCCGUUCCCAGUGAAGUCCAGAUAUCAGCUCACCCGCUGGUCAAUGGUGCCCUGAUCAUCGGACAAGGUCAUCCGCAACCAUGCCUCAUCUUGGAACCAAAGGACCCGCAACAUACCCCUGAGCAUCUCGUGGAUGCGGUCUGGCCAACCGUCGAGAAAGCAAAUUCUCAGGCGCCUGGACAAGGCAGGAUCACGCGGGAUAUGAUUCUGAUUUCCUCCCCAUCGCGGCCUUUUAAUAGGUCUCCGAAGGGCACCGUGGUCAGAGCUACAACCAGUCGCCAAUACCAAGAGCACAUCGACGAAUUGUACAAGCGCGAAAUUUCAAAUAAUCUUGAACAUAUCAGUCUCACCUCGACGGUCGAUUUGGAAGUGGUGACCAAGUUCGUCGUCGAAGUCGUUGCGUCUGCUUUCCCCGGCCACGUUGCGCAGCCGACCGAUGAUCUCUUCGGAUUGGGUCUCGACUCCUUGCAGACCAUGGAGAUAAUAAAGCUCCUGAAGACUGGUAUACGUUCAAAAGACAAGACGGCUGACAUAUCCUGGAUCUCUUUGAGAUACGUCUACCAGCAUCCAACUAUUGCUGAGCUGGCUCAUGCUAUUACUCUAGCCAGUUCCGAGGGAGGUAUUCUUGCCUCCAAUAAUAAAGCCAAUGGUGAUUUACUCCAGAACCGGGUCCAGAAGAUGAACGAAAUGCUCGAAAAAUACACCAACGAUCUUCCGCCGGCCCCGGGUCAGGGUGAAGGGCUAUCCGGACCGAUGGCCAAGCUCCAUGUCAUCUUAACCGGCUCCACAGGUUCUCUGGGAACACAGCUGCUACUCAAGCUCCUUUCUGACGCCCGGGUGGUCCAUGUUACCUGCCUGGAUCGAUCCCCCGAGGCCGCGCAGCGCAUAACAAAGGCUCUCGAAACAUGGUCGCCUGCCCCUGACAUGGAUUCGUCGCGUGUCUCGUUCCACCACGCGGACUACAAGAGCGCUGAUUUCGGGCUUGAGCCUACGAUCCUAUCCGACCUCCGCGAGACGACCAACGUCAUCAUCCACAACGCCUGGAAAGUGGACUUCAACCACUCCCUCGACACCUUCGAGGAAACCCACGUCCGCGGCGUCCGAAACCUCAUUGACUUCAGCGCCAGCAGCCCUAGGCGCCCGCGGGUCGUCUUUGUGUCCUCCAUCUCCUCGGUCGGCGAUUGGCCUGUGCUCGAGCCGGCGGCCAGUACCAUUCCCGAGGCGCUGCCGCCGACGCUUGCCGCCGCCCAGGCUACGGGGUACUCGGAGUCCAAGGCUGUCGCUGAGCACAUACUUGCUGCUGCUGCCGAGAAGAGCGGGAUUGACGUCUCGAUCCUUAGGGUCGGGCAGAUCGCUGGCCCUGUCUUGCCGGGGAACGGCGCCAAGUGGAAUGAGACUGAGUGGUUCCCCAUCAUGCUGAAGACCGCCAAGACGACGAGGAAGAUCCCGGAUGCGCAUGCGCUGGGAGAUAUUGAUUGGAUUCCGGUCGACUUGCUCUCAUCUGUCAUUUGGGAAUUGAGUUCGAUAUCUAAAUCUCUCGUUGACGAGGCUGGGCUGUUGCACAUUUUCCACCUGGUCAAUCCAGCGCGCAGGCCAUGGGCUGAGAUGUUGUCAGCCAUCAAGGCCGGGCUGGGAGGAAGCGAGCCUUUGCAAGAUGUCUCCAUGGCAGACUGGAUUUCCGAUCUCGAGCAGACGGAUCUGACUAACAAGGACGAGGUGGUAUCAAAGCCAGCCGUGAAGAUAUUGGACUUCUUCAGGGGCGUUGGAGACAGACAAGGAGUCACAGUAGCCAACGGGAUUGCCUUCUCUACGGAACAGGCGAAGACGUCAAGCAAAGUCAUGCUUGGGCUCGAUCCAGUGAAAGAUGAAUGGCUUCUCAAGUGGAUUAGGGACUGGGGCCUCUAG